AGCGAUAAGCAUCGAACCGCCUUCUGUCACAACACCUGAAACACUGGAGGUUUGUUUCCCUGUGAGCUCACUUUGCAGGAAAUCUUCCUCCUGAUGGCAGCGCUUUCAUUCUCUGAAAGGGACUUACUUUGUCCUCAAUGCUCUGAUAUUUACUACCUUCCCGUGCUCCUAAAUUGUGGCCACAAUAUUUGCAGAUUUUGUUUAAAGAAAUUCUGGGAAUGGAAAGGAUGUCGAGAAUGUCCUGUGUGUCAGGCUGUGUCUGUCCUUGGGAGGCCUCCUAUCAACCUGGAACUAAAGACAGCUGCGGACGAAUAUCAGGUGUUAAAGACCAGAAGCAAUCAGGACGUUUGUCGGGUUCACAAAGAGAAGCUGAAUAUUUUCUGUCACAAUGACCUCGAGCCCAUCUGCCUCGUCUGCCAAACGUCAAAACAGCACAAAGUUCACGAGUGCAGCCCAGUGGAGGAGGCCGCCACACAGAAAAAGAAAGAAAUCUCAGCCAUGCUGGAGUCCUUGAGGAAACAUCUCAGAUUAUUGAACAUGACAAAGGUGCAAUGGGAGGAAACCAAACGCUAUAUACAGAGUCAAGUGAAUCACAGUGAGGCAGCGAUAAAGGAGGAGUUUGAGAAGCUGCACCUGUUUCUCAGGGAGGAGGAGAACGGCCGGCUGAAGGUGCUCAGACAGGAGGAGCAGAUCAAGACGCAGGUGAUGUGUGAGAAGCUGGAAAACAUCCAGGAGCAAAUCAAGACCCUCUACUCCACCAUCAGUGAAGUCGAGGGGGCCCUCAGAGCCAAGGAUUUAACAUUUCUACAGGACUUCAAGCAGACCAAUAAAAGGGUCAAAUGCACCAUUCAAGAGCCGCAGUGUAUCAGAGAUAUCCUAAUCAACUCUGCAAAGCAUCUGAGCUCACUCAGGUUUGAAGUUUGGAAGAAGAUGGCCAGCACUGUCACAUGUGUCCCGAUUACUCUGGAUCCAAACACGGCCCAGUCCAACUUGAAGCUGUCUGAAGAUCUGACCUGUGUGCAGUUCAGCAGUAAGCAGCUCCUCCCUGAUAACCCUGAACGCUUCACCAGCCGUGUGUGUGUGCUGGGGGCCAGCGGCUUCACGUCAGGGAGGCACAGCUGGAUGGUGGAGGUGGGCCAGGGCAAAGACUGGCACAUCGGAGUGGCACGAGAGUCCAUCAAGAGGAGGAGUACCGUCUUCCUCAACCCCAGCGAGGGUUUCUGGGUGAUCGGUGUGAGCAACGGAGACUCAUUCUGGGCUCAGACCUCGCCUCGCACCAAGCUGGUGUUGAAGCAGAAACCUGAGAAGAUCACUGUACAGCUGGACUAUGAUAAAGGAAAGGUUGUUUUCAUCAAUGAGGCCGAUUCAACAAUAAUAUACGCUUUCAAAGACAGAUUCACAGAGAGGGUGUUUCCCUUCUUCUCCCCUGGAUUGAGUGGAGAGGGGAAACACUGCAGCCAGCUGACCAUCUGUCCUCAGACAGUAGCAUUGAACAUGGAGUCUCACAUGCAGUAGACACAUGGUGCUAGUGUGG